AACUUUACAAAUACAACUCAGAUAGCGUCCAACCGCCUCCUUGAUCCCCAACAGUUCACUAAGCUCAAAUACAAAAUGAACAUGUAUCGGCCAAUCCCCACGCUCCAUUUUUUAUCUGUAUGUUCGGAGCAGCAAGACUCCCGGUUGACGCACCUUCUGCCAUCUCAAUCUAUACAAGAUCCUCUGGUGAAACUUUGCUCGAUGGCGCAAUGCACUGCACGUUGAGUUUCAAAGGUCAGAGAAAAGACACCGAGCCACACUAGCCAAUUACAUUCAUCUAGCCUAUCCAAAAAAUCCUAGACAAACUUACAAGCCGAAUGGAAUAUAACGCAGCCAUGUCGCAGGUCCUUUUCCGCUUAUGAGAGUUUGGGCCCAACCGUAUCCCCUUUGGCCGAAUAUGAUCUUUUGCAUCCCAAAAAAAAAGGGAGAUACGACUAGAAAGGAUUAACGUCGCGAUCCAGUGACAAUACUCAACCUCGGCAUCAAAGAUAUCGUGCGGGUUAGCUAUUACUUCCGUCAGACAAUAUGGCACCAACAACGGCCGAGAUGGCGUCCAACAUCAUAUCGGAGCGGCAGCCCCUUCUUCGCCCAAUAAUACCUUCCGAGAGGUUGGGAAGUAGUACACCGAUAUUACACGAACCUACUAUCAACAAGUCGUAUCUCACGGGCGACGAUAUCCCCUCUCCGGACUAUGAACCUUCCCGAGCGGUCGAAGACGACGUCCUGCCAGAGACAUCGCCAUUAGGCCGAACUCUUACUCGGCGCAGCGUCUACUUCCUAAUCAUAUCACGCGUCAUCGGGAGCGGCAUAUUCGCAACACCGGGUGCGAUACUCCGAGCAGUGGGAAGCCCCGGCCUCGCUCUCUCAUUGUGGGUUCUCGGUGCCAUCGUUGCGGCUUGCGCACUGUCGAUCGGACUUGAGUACGGCUGCAUGCUGCCACGGUCCGGGGGCGAAAAGGUUUAUCUCGAGUUCACCUAUCGCCGCCCGAGGUUCCUGGCCUCGACCCUGAUCGCCACCUCGGUGGUACUGUUGGGCUUCACCGCGAGCAACUGCAUCGUCUUUAGCGAGUACAUCUUGUUCACCCUCGGCCGGGAGGAUGCUUCCGAGUUUCUGCGCAAGGGCCUCGCCGUCGGGCUACUGACUGCUGUGACGGUGAUCCAUGGCGUUUUCCCCAAAACUGGAGUGCGACUGCAAAACUUUCUCGGCUAUGUCAAGAUCGGCACCAUAGUGUUCAUGAUCCUAUGUGGGCUGUACGUGGUGGUCCUAGGACCAAAAGCCAUCUCUGCCGCCCCGAACAAUCAGUCCUCCACGGCGAGCAGGGUAUUCGCCUGGGAGGAUAGCAUUUGGGCCGGUAGCGUUUGGAAUUGGGGCAUUAUUGCCACUUCGCUCUUCAAGGUGACAUACUCGUUUGCCGGGCUCGAGAACGCCAACAACGUCUUGAACGAGGUCAAGGACCCCGUCCGCACCUUGCGGUUCGCGACCCGAGCGGCGCUGGCCACCGCCUGCUUCAUGUACCUCCUUGUCAACCUUGCCUACCUCGCCGUCGUGCCUCUCGACGAUAUCAAGGCUAGCGGCGAGCUGAUUGCUGCUCUUUACUUUGAGCGGUUAUUUGGUGCUCAGAUCGGCAGGGUAGUCCUCCCACUCGCCGUAGCCCUCUCCGCCAUGGGCAACGUCCUCGUCGUAGCAUUCUCCUUGUCUCGAGUCAAGCAGGAGGUCGCCCGCCAAGGCCUUCUGCCUUUUGGAAACGUACUCUCGUCGACGCGGCCGUUUGGGUCACCGCUGGGCGGCCUGCUGAUGAAUUUCGUUGUGUCGUUCCUGGUGCUCGUGCUUCCGCCGUCGAAGGAGGUGUACUCGUUCAUCUUGGAGGUGGAGAGCUAUCCGGGUCAGUUCUUCGCACUGGCCAGCGCUUGCGGCCUGCUCUACCUACGACGCAAGAAGCCCGACCUGAAGAGGCCGUUCAAGGCUUGGAUACCUGCCGUAGUGCUUCGCAUCGCGGUGUGUCUAGCGCUGAUUGCUGCACCCUUCUUUCCGCCUGCAACUCCCCCCGCCGAUGGCAUGUUUUAUGCGACGUAUGCGAUUGUGGGGUUUAGCAUUAUCGUGAUUGGUGUGCUUUACUGGUUUGUCUGGACCAUACUUAUCCCCAAGCUUGGGGGUUAUAGGUUGGAGGAGAAGGUGGAGGUUUUGGUCGAUGGGGUAACCGUCACCAAGUAUGUGCACGUACCGACUAGAUAAAAGGUCAGCACAACCCGCGUUCACCUGGGGUUCAGUCUCGUCUGAGGGUGUAGCUGGGCUGCCGAAAGUUGUGUGCUCUUGUUUUAGAUUUGUUGUCCACUAAAUGGAGGGAAACAUACAUUUGAUAUUUGUUUUCUCUAAGAUGAAAUCACAAACUUUUACCUGUCCCACGUGCCACAUGGUUGUGAAUUUGCCCGAGCUCAACCCAAGAUACGAAACGCCACGCCAGUUAGCUGGGAGUGCUGGAAAGUCAAGCCUCGCUUGCCUGGAAAGCCUGUGAGUAUUCUUUUUUCCAGAUGCGACACAGCUGGUUCAAAAGUUGAA